AUGGACGACAUUCUUUUAAGAAGGCUUAGGCUCAUUAACGACAAACUCACUACGGACUUAGAAAUAAUUCCUGAUAUAGUAAAUUCAGAAAACUUAAUGCAGGCUCAAAUUGCAUACAGUAAAUUGGAAGCGUCUCUGAAAAGGCUUGGCAGCGACCUGAUAGAAUAUUUCAGACUAGCUUCGACUCCCGCGUCCGAUGAAAUCUGCUUAAUAAGUGAAGUACAACUUCAAGCCGAGGAGACUUUAGCGGAGCUUAAGGUGAAGAUCGACCAAGUGACUUCGACGAACAAACCUUCCGAGAAACUAACAGAACCGAACUCCUCGUGCCGACUUCCUAAACUUCAACUGCCGGUGUACAGCGGGGACGUACUAGCCUGGUGUGAAUUCUGGGACGUCUUCAGAAGCAACAUCGAUUCAAGGAACCUGCCUGAAGUGGACAAGCUAUCAUAUCUUAAGACUUCAGUGGCAGGAGAUGCCAAGAAAGCCAUUGACGGACUGUCAACUACUAAUGCCAACUAUGAUAUCGCAGUUUCGAUAUUGAAAGAGCGGUUUGGCAAGACGUCUCAUUUAAUAGAUGCACACUAUGCUGCACUAUAUAAGGUUAAGAUGGCAAAAGGCUCCGCUGAAGAUUGCAGGAAGACAUUCAACGAAAUUGAGAAGCAUCUUAAAAUUUUAGAGUCGUUAGGUGAAGAUAUUAACCACAAUCAUCUACGAUUCAUGCUAUUGGAGAAAUUUCCUUCGGAACUAGUAUACGAAAUAAAACUAAAAGUUAAUGAUGAAUCUAUACAGGAACUCAGAGGCCAGUUAGAUAGAAUUAUCACCGCUAAGGAGGAUUCAGAAAGGAUCUCGGGCAGGAAACGCCCUCAUGAAACGGAAGAUAGUACCGUUGGAACUCUUCAUAUAAACGCAAAACGUGCGAAAUACGCAAACCAACCCCAACCACAACACAGUAACCAGAAGAAACAAAACCAACAAGGAGGCUUUGAUAGAAGAUCGGUGCAGAUCAAGAAGUUUAUUGGUUUUAAGAAACAGAAUAAAGGGAACAGACCGAACCAAACUCAAACUUCAAAUAAAGGUCAAUCCGAACCUCAGCCAGGCCCCUCUGGAGAGAAGAAAGAAUGGGUAUGCGUCUUUUGCAAAGGGAAUCACUUUAAUGAUAAAUGCACUGAAGCUACUACCUUGGUAGAAAGAAAGAAACGACUAGGAAAACGAUGCUUCCUAUGUUUUAAGUUAAAUCACUUUAUGAAAGAUUGCAAGAUCGGUCAAGGAAGGCCCGGUGAAGAAACAGUUGUGACUGUCCUAGAAGAGGGUAUUACAACGCUCCAAACAGCAAUAGUUUAUGCAAACCCCUUAGAUGAUAAAAAUAAACAAUAUAAAUAUAGACUUCUUUUAGAUCCCGGUUCUCAACGCUCCUAUGUCACGUUUCAAACGGCCAAAGAAUUGAAGCUUCCCGUCGAAGAAGAAAGUCAUUUAGUAGUGUUCACCUUUGGUGAUGAUCCUCCUAAAGAAAUACACAGCCCUAUAGUUACUCUACAGUUGCUGUCAAGAACAAAUAAGAAGAUAGUUAUACGGGUUAACUGCGUAGAACGUAUUUCAAGAGGGUACAUACCUAAUGUCAAGAUGAAGGACUUACCGGAGACAUAUGUACUAGCGGAUGACGGUUCGUUAAGCGGACCAGUACAGAUUCUGGUCGGAAACGAGUACUAUUGUAACAUAACAUAUGAGAAGAAAGUACAAUUGGAUAGUAACCUGUUUCUGAUCGACUCUGCCCUUGGUUGGAUAAUAAGUGGUAGAACAGAAUCACAACUUAGUGACGAACCGUACGUAGUGACUUACACUCAGACUUGCAUUGAAACGAAGCUUCAUCAACCAGACCCACCUCUUUGUGAUGCUGACAUAAAGAGCCUUUGGGAACUAGAAUGUAUAGGUAUCAGUGAUUCCCCAAGAGCAACUAGAGAAGAAGAAGCGAUCAAGUAUUUCAACGAUACUACAGUUAACCUAAAUAAUCGUUACACGGUAAGCUGGCCUUGGAUAACUUAUCCACCUGACUUACCUAACAAUUUUGGAAUGGCCUUUGGUCGCUUAUCAAGCUUAUUGAAGCGUAUGGAUCAAGACACGUUACUAGCGUAUAGCGAUACUUUUAAACAACAAUUAGAUAAAGGUAUAAUAGAAAUAGUACCUACUUCAAGAAUGUCAAUGGGUAACCUCGUGCAUUACUUACCUUUCCACGGAGUACAUCAUCGAGGGAAACCUAUGAGGAUAGUUUAUGAUGCUAGCUCUAAGAGUAGCAAGGAUACGAAAAGUCUGAACGAAUGUUUGUACAGAGGACCACUCAUGUUAGAAGACCUCACUGGCUUACUUAUAAAAUUUAGAACCCAUCAAAUAGGUUUAACCUCAGAUAUUGAGAAAGCUUUUUUACAGAUGGCGUUGCAUGAAAAGGAUCGUGAUGUUACCAGAUUCUUGUGGCUCAAAGAUACCUCUAAACCGGUAUCUCAGGACAACCUACUAUACCUUAGAUUUUGUAGAGUACCAUUCGGCGUCAUUUCUUCACCGUUUUUACUUAAUGCAACUAUCAAACACCACCUGUCCAAAGCGGAAGACCAACAAGUCAAACAGAAAGCGAAUGACAUAUAUGUAGAUAACUUUGUAUCGGGUUCCAACACUACGGAUGAAGCGAUGGAGCUCUACAGAAACCUAAAAGGGUCUUUUCAAGAUAUUUCAAUGUCACUCAGGGAUUGGAGUUCGAAUUCUAAGGAAUUCAUGAAGAAGGUUUCUGAUACAUAUAAAAAAGAUAAAGUAAAGGUACUUGGGUUAGAAUGGGACAUCAAAAGGGAUACUCUUCAGUUGAAGCCUAACUUGCAAGAGGAAGCGGUAACAAAAAGAGGAGUACUGAAGACUAUCGCAUCAAUCUACGAUCCAUGUGGUUAUGCUGCACCCUAUACCCUAGCGUCUAAACUUUUUCUACAAAGACUUUGGAAGGCUGGAGUAUCAUGGGACUCACCGUUAUCAAGCGAACUAACGGAAGAAUGGAACAUAAUCCGACAGAAUUUGAAAGCCAUUGGAGAAGUGUCGGUGGACAGAUGCUACAUAAAGACACCAAUGGAAAGGAACUACCAACUACACUGUUUCACAGAUGCCUCUCUACAGGCUUAUGCAGCAUCAGUUUUUUUAGUUUGCGGUUCAAAGAGAAGUUUCAUUAUGGGAAAAUCCCGUCUGAUACCGGUAAAAGACCAGGAGAGUCUCAAGAUACCCCGUCUGGAACUUUUAGGAGUACUGAUUGGCAGUAGGCUAAUAAAGUUCGUUCUUAAGUUUCUUCAGCAGAAGAUAGUAAGGCAAGUCUUGUGGACCGACAGCCAGAUUGUUGUAGAAUGGUGCAAAUCUGAUAAACUGUUGCCACCCUUCGUUGCCAGGCGGGUAGAAGAGAUCAGAAAGAAUAAAGAUCUGGAGAUCAGAUACCUUUCAACAGACCUGAAUCCAGCAGACGUAGGCACCAGACCCACCUGUUCGAGAGAGGACAGAGAGAAAUGGCUGACUGGUCCACAAUUUAUAGUAGAAGAUCCUAAGACGUGGCCAACUACAACUAGCAGUGGACCAACCAGUUCUCUCUUGAUUGGGGAGGGUCUUGGAAUCCAAGAAGAAGAACCGAUGGAAACAGUUGAUCCAGACAUACCCGAUGUUAGUCCGAUGGAAACGAGACAUAGUGCAACCGCAAAAGAAGUAACCGCACAAGAAAAUGAUCAGACGCCAGAUGAUAAGUUUCUAAGGUUGAAAGAAAUUCAAGCUGAAUACUUUCCUCUAGAGGUAGAAGGAAAAGUAACUAGUUUAAGUUUGAAUUUAGGCGUAUUUAAAGACAUAGAUGACUUACGUAUGAAACAUGCAGACUGUUGCAGACUGGUCAUUUGA